AUGGGUCUUUUUGAAACUUUGCAGCGGAAAGCGGUGAAGCUGGGGCUUCUUCCGAAGCUGUUGGCGGCACUGCCGCUCCUGUCUGCACUGACAGCGGUUGUGUCCGUUGUUAUGAUCCUGAUUAUACCGAUGAAUGGGCAAUACAGGAACACGUACAUUUCAGAGAACGCGCUGAUGCCGUCUCAGGCGUAUAGUUACUUUAGAGAGACGGAGUGGAACAUUUUGAGAGGAUACCGUACCGAGAUCGAGGUGUUGAACAGCAGAGGUGUCUCAGCAAGUGACCGUUAUGAUAUUGUCGCUGGCUGGUUGAAUGAAUUUGGUGCCAAGACGGCUGUUUACCGCAACGAGGAAAUGGGAGACACGCUUUACGGUGUUCUACAUGCCCCAAGAGGUGACGGUACAGAGGCAAUGGUCCUGUGCGCGCCAUGGAACAAUUCCGAGGGUGAAUUCAACAUUGGUGGGAGUGCACUCGCCAUCGCUCUGUCAAGAUACUUCUCUCGUUGGCCAGUAUGGUCCAAAAAUAUCAUCGUCGUGUUUUCAGAUAACCCAAGCGUCGCGUUGAGAUCCUGGGUGGAAGCAUACCAUACAUCACUGGAUCUUACUGGUGGGUCAAUUGAGGCUGCAGUGAUCUUGGAUUAUCCCAGCAACAAUGAUUAUUUCAACUACACAGAAAUUCAUUUUGAAGGGCUGAACGGUGAGUUGCCCAAUUUGGAUUUAGUCAACGUGGCUGUUCACAUCACACAACAUGAGGGGAUGAAAGUAUCCUUACAUGGGCUACCAAGGAGCGAAUUGGAGAAAAAUAACUACUGGUCGAGACUGAAGCUGUUAUUUCUUGGCAUGAAGGAUUCCACACUGGCAGGAAUGAAGAAGGCACAUGGGAACGAAGUGUUCAGCGGAUGGAGAAUUCAGGCAGUUACUUUGAAGGCGCGUGGAGAAGGCCAGAUCGAUAUCACAACGUUUGGUCGUAUCCCGGAGGCCAUGUUCAGGUCAAUCAACAACCUAUUGGAAAAAUUCCAUCAAUCCUUCUUCUUUUAUUUCCUACUGUCCCCCAACAAUUUUGUGUCCAUCAGCAGUUACCUUCCAAGUGCCGUCCUGCUUUCAAUCACAUUUGCCAUUGCUGCAGUGGACGCGACAGUUAACAACGCGUAUGCAUCAGCACUUCACAUCACCUACACGCUACUAGCUGCUCUAGCAUCCGUCAUCAGUCUGUUAGUGUCGUUCCUUGUUGCCCAUUGGUUUCUUUACUCCACGACUUCACCUCUGUAUUUGAUACUGGGGAGCGUCGUAUUAGCUGUGUCUCCCUUAGUCAUGUCGAGAUCGAAUAAUGCGUUGAGAGAACCAGUUUGCUACAGAAUGAGAACCCUCGGCUACAUCUACUACAGUUUGAUCCUAACAUCGUUACUAAUGCUAAACUUUCCCUUGGCCUUUUCCAUUGGGCUGUUCGGUUACCCAAUGACGUUGGUGAAACCUCUUAAUAUCUAUUCAAAGUCACAGAUGAGUUUGAAGUUGAGGAAUUCUGUAUUACUGGUAAUAUCAAACCCGUUCGUUGCCACCUGGUUGAUCUGUACAGUGGUUGAAAAUUCAGAGUUCCCCAACUUAGACGUGUUUGCUGCGUUAUUUUCUGCUUGGAAAGAUUUGAAUUGUUGGACAUGGUUUGUUCUCUGUCUAGGUUGGCUCCCUACGUGGUUAUUGGUCACAUUUUCCUCAUUUACAAGUAUUCCCGCUGCAGAGACAACAAUAGAAAAGAAAUCUAAUUAG